AUGCAUUUAUACACUGUACUACAUGUAUGGAUUGAUGUGCUAAAAGAAGCGGGAUCAAGUAGUGAAACUAACAAGACGCAAGUCUCGUCUUCUCAGGACAAGUAUCACGAUGAACAAACGACAAAACCCGGACGGACACAAUGGAGGCAAUGGCUAGCAUGUAUAUCAGCGACUCUAUCCAUGGUAGCGGUUGGCACCGUCUACGGAUGGACCACCACGUCGCUCUCACGACUCACAUCCGGCGCCAGUGACGUUCCAAUAAAGAUAACCGACAACCAGGGCUCGUGGAUCGUAUCGUUGACGGAGAUCGGCUCGAUGAUCGGUUCGUUCCUCAGUGCCAAUCUUGCCAAUCGAUAUGGUCCUAAGAAGUGUCUUCUGUUCGCCAGCAGUUUCUUCAUCGUCGGCUGGACAAUCGUCUUCUUCGCCCAAACCGCAGUUGCUCUUUACGUUUCUAGGAUUAUUCUCGGCAUUGGCGUGAGCAUCUCGUACAUUACCAAUCCGAUGUACGUAUCGGAGGUUGCCGAUGUGAAAAUUAGAGGUGCCCUCGGUACUCUAAUCGCCGUGAACGUAUUCACCGGUUCUUUGUUGACAUGUAGUAUUGGUCCAUGGGUAUCGUACCACGUUCUGACGAGUAUACUUCUCGUGGUACCCAUCUUCUUCGUGGUAUGCUUCUCUUGGUUUCCUGAGACUCCUGUCUUUCUCGCGGCCAGGGGUCAUAAAACAGAAGCAACUAAAUCCCUGGCGUUCUUUAAAGGAAUCCGCGAUCGUGAUGAAGCAAGGAGAGAAUUGGAAUAUACUUUACGUAACAUUUUGAUCGAAGACGUUUGCGAUAAUACUCCUGUGAUCGGCCCUGGAGCACGAACGAAACCUGUUAAGCGUAACUGGAGGGACAAACUGAAGCUGAUGUUGUUGCCCAGCAACGCCCGAGCUCUCGUAAUCGUACUCAGUCUAAUUGCUACGCAGCAACUUAGCGGAAACUUUAGUACUAUACAAUACCUUGAAGUGCUCUUCAAGAAAGCGACGAUCGGCAUCGAUUCCAACUUAGCUACCAUACUUGUACUCGCAGUCGGCCUCAUCUCAUGCGGAUUAUCAACCGCGACUGUUGAAGGUGCGGGCAGACGUCCGUUACUUAUCACCUCCACUCUGGGUUCUUCCAUUACCCUGGCAAUUCUUGCGGUAUACUUUAUGCUAGACAAAAGAGGCGUCGACGUAUCAGCAGCAAAUCUUCUUCCAGUGAUCGAUGUGAUCAUCUUCCAAGUGGUCUACCAUAUCGGAUUGGGUACUCUACCAAAUGCGUUGAUCGGAGAAUUGUUUUCUAGUGAAGUGAAGGCGCUUGCAGGUGCCAUUAUUAUUGUUUUCGACGGCGUGCUUAGUUUCAUCGUAUCCAAAUUGUAUCAGGUGAUUGGCGAUUGGUUGGGCGUCGACACCGUAUAUUAUUUCUUCGCGGGAUCGUGCUUACUGACAUUCGUAAUGGUAAUAUUCAUCGUACCUGAGACCAAAGGUCGGACAUUCCGCGAAAUUCAGGAACUUUUGGAAGGUAGCGAUCAGAAAAAAGAAGUCGUCAGAAGUUCGCAAGAUCGAAAUAGUGUGGUAUGAUAAAAAAGGACACCUCGCUACUUUUCGCACCUUUUCUUGGAUAUGUUGCGAACUUAUUAACGAUAUA